CCGUAUCCUGCAAGACUGAGUUCAAAUAUAUUAAAGGGACAAUUGAAAGAGGAAAGGAGAAGAAAAAGAGGAGGAAAGAAAGAAAAGGGAAAGGGAACAGCCGGAUAUGGCAAAUGGUAACCGUUCAAAUUCAUCUUCAAACUCCCUUAGAGAAUUUUCUGACGAUUUCCGCAUUGGAACGGCCACAUUCACCAUUGUUCUCAUCUUGGCUACAGUAUUUGGAAACGGUCUCGUUGUUGUCGCCUUUUCACGCUUUGCACGCAUCCGUACAGUGACAAACUACUUCGUCGUGUCGUUAGCGUGCUCUGAUCUCUGUGUGGCGCUAUUCUCUAUUCCUGUAUGGGUGGCAUAUCUCCUGACAGGACCCGUGUGGGUAUUUGGCGCAGAUUUGUCACGUGUUUGGACCAUGGUGGACAUCUUGAUAGGUACCGCGUCCAUCAUGAAUUUAAUGGCGAUCAGUUUUGAUCGGGUUCUUUCCAUCAUGACUACAAUGCGUUAUUCUGUCAUCAUGACUCCCCGGAGAGCGAUUUUUAUCAUUUGCUGCGUUUGGAUCUAUUCUUCGUGCAUGGCCACUGCGAGCUUUUUUCUGUUCGCCAAGCGCAUUUUCAACCUCGUUGCCACGAUCAUGUGCUUCUGCGUUCCAUUGCUGGUGAUAAUCACUGCAUACUCAAUUAUACUGAAAGUGGCGCUAUAUCACGUGAAACAAAUACACGCAACAACGCCUGCGCAGUACCCAAGGAGUCAUUGCAACUUUUUAAGGGAGCUCAAAGCAGCCAAGACUUUGGGAGUUGUUGUUGGCGCGUUUGUGGUAUGUUGGCUGCCAUUUGUUGUGAUAAACAUCAUUUACAGUUUAUGCGAGCAACAACACUGUCUUCUGGUUAAUCCACAAGUCAUAUUGGUGACCAAGUGGAUGCAUUAUGGUAAUUCAAUGAUAAAUCCCAUUAUAUACACUGCCAUGAACAAUGACUUUCGGAAAGCUUUCAAGACUUUAAUUUUUGCAUCAGAUGCUACCCUUGAGGAUGAAAUACCGUAGUUACUCACAAAAAUCGAACAAACUGAGACGAGGAAAAAAAACAGUGGCCAACAGGAAGAAAUUAUCUAUUAAAGCUCUGCCCAAUCUAAAAACUUGCCCAAAAUUGUGUUAAAAAAAUAGAAAACGAACUUCGUAUUGCUACGCUGGGUGUGAAAAAUUCACCAUAGUUUCAAAACGUCCACCAGUCCCCCUUUAUUGGAAAUUUAAUUCGCACACGUCAGACUGACAUUUUCAAUUUGAAACCGCUGACAAUGUACGGCACAACAACCAAGGGCCCGCGUGUGAUAACCUAAGUGCAAAAAGUGUAUGAGCCCCGCCCGAGAAAGUAGGCUAAUUUGUGCGCAAACAUCUUUUUCUGCUAUUCUGGUUAAUGUUCGAUCUGAAAGGAAUGCAUGUACGGGUUGAUAAGUUAAAACAGCAGCGUAAAAGCGUCUUGAUUUGAAGCGAUUGAUUCAUCAUCUAUCUUACGUGUUGAUGUUUUCAAGAAAAAUUUUGGGAUGUCACGUAACGCUCCGCGCCACAACGCUU